AAACAAAACAUUAUAACUAUGGUAGAGCUAAAAUUCAAAACACAUAUGCUAUAUAUAUCUGAGUAACUUAGUCAAGAUUUCUUAUGCAUCUUUUCAACUAACUAAAUAUAACUGGGAUUGAAGAGAGCAUUCAAUAAAGAAUUUCUAUCAGUUUUUAAGGUACACAUGCAAAUUUUAUGAUAAAUCUAACCACCAGUAAUAUUAUUACAUAUCAGAUUUUUAUAUUGCAUCACUAUCACAUAAUAUAUUAAUCUUUGUCAUAAUAUGCUUAGUUUUGAAAUUAUAUUGAUUUACUUAUAAGAAAUAAUACAUAUUCCCAAUUUGAUAUUUUGAAAGUUCUUUAAAUAGAAAAAUUAUAAUCGUAAAAGGCAUGUAAUUAUAUGUUUUAGAACAGUGCUUGUCCAUUUCCGUCGUGUUGCAUAAAUUUAAAUUACAUUUUUCUAGUGGCUCACAUUAUUGUAUAGACUAAGGAAAUAUUUUUCUUAAUCUCUUGAAAUAUUAAAUUUUCAAAACAUUAAAUUAUAUAGAUGCAUUAAUUAAUUAUUUUCUUGCAAUUUUUGAGUUUAUAUUAGUUAAUGCAAUUUUUGAAUCUCUUUGAUUUCCCAGUUCAUAUAACAGAAUCUCAUUAUUGUUUCUUUAAAUAAAAUUUGGGAGUUCAAAUACUUAAAAUUGUUUGUAAUUAUAUGUAGUAAAAAAAAAUUCUGUUAGAUUCUUGGAAUUGAAUGCUGUUAUUCAUAGUAUUAUUUUGGAAUUUACAGGAAUUAAUGUCAAAAGAGAUGGCUAAAAUAAAUCGAGAUGUGCUAAUGCUAAGAGAAGAUCAGGCUCCUAAAGUUGGAGCAAGCUUGAGCCAAUCUGAACCAAGGAAGAUUUCAAUGGUUGGCAUUAAACCUCACAUACCUGACUUGAAUGUGAAACCUUGUUCUGAUUCCGACGAGGAAGAAAAAGGAGAAAUUGCAAAAGAAUUUCAGAAUCUUGCAGGUUUAAAAACUCAUGAUGCCUGUUAUGUUGAUCAUAAGCUUUUGUACGAGCUUGAGGUCGAGAUCAUUGCUCGUCUACCAUGCUUUGAAUACUGGAAACUGCAGUUUCUUAACAAGAAAUUCUUGCAGUUAUUAAAGAGCUGUGAAAUUUUCAGGGUGAGAGAAGAAAGGGGACUUGUGAAACCCUAUGUGAUUUUGCAUUCAGGGGCUGUAUCUAAUUGGGAAAUGUUUGAUAAGGAUUUUAAAACCUUUCGGAGACUUCCUAAAGUUCCUUCUUCUGACUAUUGCUUUUUCCACAGCGAUAAGGAAACAGUUAGUGUGGGUACUCAACUAAUUGUCAUAGGGAGAGAAAUAGAUGGAAUUGUGGUGUUUCGCUAUGAGCUAGAGAAUCAUAAGUGGUUCAAAGGUCCUUCAAUGAUCACACCGAGGGCCAUGUACGGUUCUGCGAGCCAUGGUAAAACCGCAUUUUUUGCAGGAGGCAUUAAAAUGGAUGAAAAUGGGAACCCUAUUGUUGUGCAAACUGUAGAAAAGUAUAAUGCUGAUACAAAAAGGUGGACUAUGAUUAAUGGAAUGCAUAAAGCAAGGAAGUUCAGCUCAGGAUGUUUCUUGCGUGGAAAAUUUUACGUCCUCGGUGGCCGAGAUGAUAAUGAUAAACACCUCACUUGUGGAGAAAGUUAUGAUGAGACGACAAAUUCUUGGGAGUUGAUACCUGACAUGCUAAAAGACAUGACAGUCAUUGCGCAUUCCCAAUCUCCGCCCCUUAUUGCUGUGGUUGAUGACAAUCUAUACAUGUUAGAAACAUCUUUGAACGAGCUUCGGGUAUAUGAUAUAAACACAAAUAUUUGGAAGAAACUUGGUGUUGUCCCUGUGAGCGCAAACGCUGCCUUCGGUUGGGGGAUUGCGUUUAAAUCGAUGGGAGACAGACUUCUGGUGAUUGGAACUUCUCACUCUUGGCAUAGGAAGACAGUAGUUCACUCAUGCCGUCCUUCUCCAGACGUGGAAGAGCAGCACUGGGAAGAAAUAAAACAUUGGUGUGUUGGUGCUGAGCUCCCACAGUUUAUUCAUAACUGUUGUGUGAUGUUUGCUUAAAGUUUUUUCCAAGGAAAACUUGGAAACUUAUUUGUUUUUGCAUUUGUGCUUAAAGUUGUUGCAUUUGGUUUUAAGUUGUUUGGUUUGUGUUUUUCUUAUUUUUUUGUUUUUCAUUUGGGAUAAAAAUGUUGUUGUUUUUCGUUUGUUUUAAGUGCUUAUGUUUUUGAAAAAAAAUACUAAUGUUGUCUAUGUAAUGGUUAUUUAUUUAUUUUGGUUUUGUUUUUUCCCUCUUCAGCCAUAAAUAUCACCUAGUCAUGUUCAGUUAAAAUCACUAUCUGGUUUCAGUUUAUUUUCCAAAAUUUUAGGUUUGUAAAAGUUAUAACACAUUAAAAUCGUAUCUUAAUUUAUUUUUUUAGGUCGGAUAACUAGAGUUUUUAAGGUCAUUUGGCUUUUAACCAUAAACCAUGGUUGUAUCUAAUUUUAUUUAAAAAAUCCCUCUUUUAUUUUAUAUGGCUACAUAAUGGAUUUUCUAUAAGAUUUUACUAAAACAGAGAAUAAACUAAUUUAGUUUUGGUAAUUUUAAUAUAUCAUUUUGUCGUAUUUUCUGUGAACCCAAUAUUUAUUAUUUACACAGAGGUGCGGAAAAAUAACGGAGUUGUAAAUAGUUAGAAAUAAAAGAGCAACAUUUAUAAAUAUGUGCUUAUUUAUCUACAAAUAAUAAUAAGAAUAAGGUUGUUAUUUCUUAAUAUUAUUACAUGUCAGUUCGAUACUAGCGGCUUGAUCUCUGUAACUAUUUAUUAGAUCAUCCCAAUUUCAAAACUCUUUAUCGUUUAUCCAAGAUCAAUGAUUUGAGUUCGCAAUAAUUUAUUUCCUUGAAGCCGAUUUAAAGAACUCUCUGAAGCUAUAGAGCAUCAAAUUUUUCUUCUGAGAAGUGAACAUUGUAAGCUACUUAAAAGGUAUCGGAGAAACAAUAAAUAUCCGUUGCAUUGUAACAUAAAUUCAUUUCUUUAUAUUCUCAGAGAAACCAAAUACAGUUUGGUUUGAAUCAGGUUAAUCACAGUUGUAUUAAAUUAAUACUCGACUUUUGAUUUAUAAAUUUAAUGUGUUAUAUACGCAAAUAGACUUUGAUCGAAGAAAAUAUACAAAAUGGACUUUCAUUAUAGAUGGAAAGUAAUCUUUUAAUUUAAAAUGGAACCAUUUUAUUUCGCAAGUAUCA